UACAGUGUUGUUCAACCCUUCCUCUAUAUUGAGCAUGAUUUGUAUCGAUAUCGAUAGCCGAUGCCCUGCCUUGCGCCAACGACGGCUCGAGCGUGAUAUUGUCUAGGGCGUACAUCGGGUAGUACAUGUCCCACAUACAGAGAGUUGACGCUUCGGUAAGAAAUCCAUACUUUGGACCAUGAUCGGACAUCAGCCGUGCCACAAGUCCCGAUGCAUUGUGACAGUGUGAAAAGAGUGAGCAUGUGUAGAAUUCUGUCACCAUGACUACAGUUGAGGUAAUCUGCCCCUCACCAAAGGAGCUGAUGGAGCAGCCUAAACGCAAUGUUCCUUGCACGGUAGACGGCUGCGACAAACUGUUAGCGACAACAGCGGCUCUCAAAAUGCAUGUUAUAAAGCGGCAUGGAAUAUACAAGAACAAGUCAGAGAGGGAAUUGUUUAGCAGGUUCCCACAGUCCAAGACUCCAGCAGUACAGAAGCAAUACUUCUGUCCAGUAGAAGGAUGCAGUCGCCAUAAGGCAGGCAACAAUCCUUUUGCAAACAUGUGGCCUCUCAAGCAGCACUACCAACAGGUGCACGGUGAGCGCACCUACUUGUGCAGAAAGUGUGACUUUCCAUUCGCCUUUGAACUCCAGCGUCGCAAGCAUGAGAAGAUUUGUGGUACAAUAUUCACCUGUUCCUGUGGUGUACCCUUCACAACCAGACAGGCCCUGUGUAUGCAUGCCAUGAGAAAGAAACACAAAUUGCCUCCUAAAAACUCUGAUCAAAUGCAAAAAGAGACACCACAACCUCAGCAACAAGUGAACAACGAAAUUGCACCUGCAACAGAGACCAGUAAUAUAAAUGAAAACUCAUCACUGGUUACUGUCAACAAAGUUUUAACAAUCCCUGUUCCAGUUGCCCAAGUGGGUCAUAUUCCCCGCCUGAUCGUGACCUCCCAGCCAUUGCAAAUUCUCAAGGCUGGGAGUUCAACCAUUCAACCCCCAUCCAGGAGCAAGCAGAAGACAGAACGCUUCCUCUUGCCAAAGCCCACCAUCCUCAGUGUAAACAGGGCCGCUGUCUUACACCCCCAGACUACACAGAUUGUCACAAUCAACAAAGGGGUUGUCCAGAGCUUUCCAGUGAGCGUUGCACCAAGUCAGCCAACCAAACCUUACAAGCGAACACUGGCUACCCAGACCCCAAAGUGGCCAGGAAGUCCAAGAAAUAAAAUGGCUAACCAUCAGCAUAAAGAAGUUUGCCGUUCUUCAUCAUUGGUAGGGGGAGAUGGUGGGUCCAACAGUCAACGACUGUGCAGAGAUUUAGGGAUGGAUAGCCAUCCAAACAGCAGCAUCAACUGCCACACGCAGACCGUUGUCCAGCAGAAUUCAGCCCACACACAAACACAGGGUGAUUUGAUCAUGCAGGAAGCUUUUCUGUCAGCACACAUUGAAAUUCCUACACUAGGGCAGCAGGCACAGAUACCAGUAUGCGAACCACAGCAGCAGGCCCUUCAACAACAACCCUUGCAGCAGAGCAUUAUAGCACUGAACAGGCACACUCAAACAAGCCAGAGUUUCCAACAGGCUUCUGUUGACCGUCUACCAAACAGUGUGAGCAUUGCCAACUCCCUACCAGUCCAGCAGCCUCACUACACAGUGCAGGCGGGAACCGGAUUCAGUACCAACUCCACAUCCAGCUGUGAUGUUCAAACGGACCGAUGGCUUUCAUCCCUAGCACAAGUCAGUGACCAGGGCACCCUUACCGACAUUGCCGGAGUCCCUACUCAAACCGAUUUUAACGUCCUCGACUUCUUGAAUCUCAGUAAUUCAGAGACACAAACAGUCAUAAGUCAGUCAGCUUUUGAGGAAUCUACGGCUACAGAGCACAUUUCUACUCAGACAGUCCGCCAUGCAGCAGACAUCACACAAACAGAAACCAGUAUUCAGACCACCACAUCAGACCUGCAGGAUUCCUACAUGGAGAAAAUACAGAGUACUAUGCAGACCCAGACCAACUUCUACAGCACCUAUUUAGAUGCCCUUCUGCUAAAUGAAUCACAGAGUCAAACAAGCCCAGGAGGGAGUCUUGAUAGUGAAAACAGUGCCUCUUGCUGCCAACAGACCCAGACCUUGACACUACCAGCCCCUCAGACUGACCACCAGCAGACACAAACUGCACUCCCAGACCUCAGUCUCAGUACCAGCGACUUUCUCUCAUUGGACAUGUACACCCAGACAGCACAGCAGGGCCUGAGAAAUCGUAACUCCUCUCUUCAAACUCAGACGGACUCUUUCUUGGAGUACAGCCUAUCUAGCAUGGAAACCCAGACAAUGGCUGACUUUGACCUGGGUGCCUUUGAUUAUCAGUCCGCAUCGGUGCAGACGGAUUCACAUUACCAGGAUAACUAUGUCCGUCAGUUGGCUACUACGACACAGGUCCAAACUCAGACUACCUGCAGCAAUAGCUGGAGGUUAGAGGGAGCAGACACAGCAGCUAGGCAUGUCCAGACAGACAUGACUCAUGCAGAAAAGUUGUAUACUCUUCAGCUAUCUUCAGCUGGUACACUGACUGACAGCCACACUCAGACUGGGUAACAAUGAACAUUUGUCAACUGCGGCAAUAUUGGGCUUGAAAAUUUGAAUGUGAAAUAUCACCGAGGUCUUUCAAAUACAUGUACUUCAGUACCUGUCUCCUUCAUGGCCUACAUGUGAGUUGUUUGUGGAUUUUUACCAAACACUGACAUGAGUUCAUGUAAUUUGUCAAAUUCAAGUCCUCUUUUAAAAUGAGCUCUCAAGCGAUGAAAGAUUUUUUAAAAAUUGAAUAUAUAUAUAUAUAUUUAUGUAAUCAACAGUUGUUAGCAGCUGUGUUGGGGAAACUAGAUCUGUUAACUUUCUUCAGCUUGGGGCAUGAGACACCUGCUUGUAAGUUUUGUUAGAUCAUUUUUAAUCAGUCAUACAAGUAGUAUGUUUUGCUUCUGGUGAAGUUCUGCUCUUGAUAACUGCAGCCAACCAGCUGAUCAGCUGGUUGGCGUUAACAAAUGGCCAUGAGAAGUGAAGCUGGUGGUAGAAUAGUAAGACAUGCUGGUACAUUGUAUUGGUACCAAAAUGAAAAAAUGGAUACAUAUUUCGAGCUUGGCAUUCCAUGAUACCAUUGAAAAUGUGAAGAGAGCGGCAUGUGAAUCUCAUUGACAAAUGGCUGACUGAACGGAUGCGUUGAGAGAGUGUGUGAUGGACUUACGUGCAAUGCAGGGUACAGUAUACAUUUUGGUGCAAACAUUCAGGUUGACAAAUUUGACGCGAUCUGUCUUACUGAUGAAAUUACAUAAGUAAGUAGCUGAACAGUAUCCAAGAUAUGAUAUAUGUGUACAUGUACGUGUAGCAAAUACAAUGCAGUAGACCAAUACAGCAUGGUUUGAGGGGAAGUAUUCCAGUUGGGAGGUAGUCAAACUGACCUACACCUCGGCACCAGUAAUUC